GCUCGCGUUCUGUGCGUGGGAAGGGCUGAGAGGGAGAGGGGCGUCAGGAAAGAGUAGAGGGGCGCUCCCCCUGGCUGGAGACGGAGCUUCCGGGUUCCUUUUGGGUCGCAUUUCUGGUCGCCUGUCGUGGGUUAGUCCACAAAGGAGCCAGCCGGGGAUUGUGCUUGGAGCGCUGGAACUCCCAGAAUUCCAGAGCCUUGAGCUAAGGCGUGGUGCCAAACCGGGUUAUGUCUCCAGUGUGGAUGCAGCCUAGGGUUCGAAUCCCGGCUCGGCCAUGGAAACCCUCCCUCAUCCUCCUCAGGGAGGCCAACCCCCUUCUGAACAAACCCUAAACCCCGCUGGCUGCCCUUGGGCGAGUCACACUCUCUCCGCCUCCUGAGAGGGCGGCCGUGGCCAAGGCGAAGGAAACUGAGGGUCGCCAUAAGUCAGGGACGACUUGAAGGCGUCGAAAAGGGCCCCUCCCUCAACUACAAAUCCCAGAAUGCCACGGGAGGCAGGAGUUAGCCCUACAAGCGGACCGACCCGUGCUGUGAGAGCGCGGCGCGGGAUUGUGCCAAUGGCAGAAAAGCCGAACCAGUACAGCCACUCUUGACUUUUCCUAGCUCUAGGGGGCCACAAAGAUGUGGGAUGUGGCUGAGUUUUUGCUGAGUGAAGACACAAGAAGCGGGCAACUCAUCCUUCAUUCCAAAGAAGAAAGUCUGUAUCAGCUCAAUGCACUCCUUAAAGUUGCCUCCUCUGAAAAGGUUUCGUCUAACCCAGAGCUGUAUUCCUGCAAGUCGAGGGACGGCUGUCUGUUUGUAGCUGACAGAGCAGUGCUUCUGCUUGAUGAUAUUUGUCAGUCUCUUCGGAUGUUUAUUCAGUUUGAGACUGAGGUGGAUGUUGUUGGCUUGUGUCAAGAAGGGCAGUUCCUUGUGGCUGGGGAGAGAAGUGGCAAGCUACAUCUUAUCCAUGUACCGUCACAGCAAACCCUGUUAACAAACGUAUUAGUUCAAGAAUCUUCAAACAGCAGAACUUAUUUGAACCUUAUUCUGGAGAAAGACAUUUCUGAUGGAGGUACUUACCAUGCAUUUAUUCUCACAAACAGUGGAUUCUUUUGUAUUAUGAACCUCCCAUUUGCCAAAACUCAGGAAGCAAUUGGCAAGAUGGACAUCAGCACUGCAAAGAAGCUCCAAGGCCAGAUGGAAACUUGUUUUAUUUCAACAGAAGCCUAUCAUACCAUUGGCUGCCUUACCGCUUUGACUAAGCACACAGCAGACAAAUUCACUCUGAUAAUAGGGGGUGUAGGUGACUGUGUGAUGUCCGUGUGGGAAGUGAAUCCUAAUAAAAAGCAGAUAUCCCUUGAAAAUGUUGUCGAUUCAACAAUGAUUAGAGCUGCAAAGAGGCUACAGGUUGUUGACAGCUUAUUGUUUAUCUUGGAUAGUGAGAACGUUUUGUCGUUGUGGAAUGUUUACUACCUUACUGUGAUUUGGGACGGCCUUCUGGUUGAUGUUGAAGAAUUCCUUCUGACUUCAGAAUCAGAUUUUUCAGGAACUGCAGGACAGGGGAUUGCCAAUCUUAAACUGGUUGUUUUGACAAAACCUGGAAACAGCAAACAGAUGCGGAACAUCAUGAUUUUUUCACUGCCUGCUAUGCACCAGCUCUACUCUUUGGAAGUAACACAUGUUUCUUCUCUGGUUCAAAGUGGAAUAAAUACUGAUACGAUAUACUUUAUCGAAGGAGUAUAUGAAAAUGAACAAAAGUCUUCAGACACGUCAAUUUCCUUUCUGGUAAUGAGAUGCUUAACAGAAGCCUUACCUGAAAACAGGCUGAGCCGUUUACUUCACAAGCACAAAUUUACCGAGGCUGAGAGUUUUGCUAUUCAGUUUGGAUUGGACACUGAGCUUGUUUACAAAGUGAAAUUGAGCUCUAUUUUGGAGAGAUUGGUUUCAGAAUCUGCUAAGGAAGAUGAGCAGUUGGCCUGUUUGAAACUUGUGGCUGAAGCUAAAGAAACCUUAAAUAAAAUAAAGGAUAAGCAGUUUGUGGCUGAGUAUUGCAUCAAUACCCCCUGGCCAACCUAUGAAACUGCUCAGGAAAUGUUGGACUAUACUCAAAGCAGGUACCUGAAGAACAAUGAUGCGACUGCCACCAUGCUUUUGGUUGGGGAUUCAGCGCUUUUUACAGAGGUACUGCGGGCACAAGCAAAACUAACUACUUUUUAUGGAGCAUUUGGACCAGAGAAGUUCAGGUUGAACUCUUUCAUUUUGUGUGUGUAUGGUGGAACGGCUUGGCUUGAAUUUCUGCACAAUGAGGACAUCUUCAGGGACAUCCUUCUACAGCUAAAAGAAGACAAUCUUUCCUCUGCACAGUACCUCUGGCUAAGACAUCAGGCUGACUUUGAAAAUAACUUUGAUGUGAAGAUGCUGGAUGAACUGCUGAGCACAAUCUCUGUUACCACUUCCCUUAAAGAACUGUGCCUGUGGCUGGGGAAUAUUGUCAUUCCUUUCGUAAGACGAGUUUUACCUCAAGGAGAGAAAAGAAUAGCAAAGUGGCUGGAACAAGGGGCACGAAAUCUUGAGUUAACUGAUAAGGCCAAUUGGCCGGAAAAUGGGCUUGAAAUGGCACAGGUGUUUUUUACCAGUCAAGGUGAAGUUGGAUUGGCUUCUUCCUGGCGUUGGGUUCCUUUGAAAGACAAAGAUGAUGAGAUCUGUAGUCUGUCAGACUUGGUCACUACUUUACAAGGCUUGGUGGAUCUCUACAGGAAGUACAACUGUAGGCUGGCCCUCUGCGACUUUGAAAAGGGAAAUGCAAAUACAAUAGUGUUUCGUAUGUUUGAUAAAGUUCUGGCACCUGAACUUGUUCCAGUAAUUUUAGAGAAGUAUAUUGGACCGUACAUCUGCCAUCAUAAUCUACAAAAGGAUGAAAUUCUCUUGCUGUACAUAAAGGACUUGCUGCAGAGGUAUUCUAAAUGGUCAACAUCUGUCUUUGACACUACAUGGGAAGCAAAGGCCAUCGCUGUCUUGGGCUGUAUGUCGGACAUAGAUCUGAUCAUUGAAGGAGUGCUGGCAAUAAUACAUGGUGCUGUGGUUCCCUGGAGUCCAGGGCUAGAGCAGCUGGUGCAGCAAUACUUGCACAUGGAUCACACCAAGGCAAAGCUGCUACAAGAAGGCUACCAGCUGAUGGAAAUGAAGAAACUUUUGCGGAGCUAUGGAAUAAGAGAUACCAACCUCUUAAAUGACAGGCAGUUAAUACGGAUGCUAGUAAAGUACAUUCUUAAGCAAGACACUCCUUCUUCUUUGGAGGAUGCUUUGAAAAUAGUAAAUGCAUAUAUGCUGCCCACUGCUGAAGUCUAUCUCUGGAGGAUUAUGGACCUUAUUGACAAAGAAAAGGGGGAGGAUGUCAUAAGCUUACUCAAGUCUCUGCCUCCUGCUGAAGCUGUGGAAGCUGCAGAGAGGACUGUGAUGUGGGGAAAACUGGAACUGGAAAAAGAAAUGUUUGCCAGCGAAGAAGAACAGAAGGCACAGCUAUACUUGAAAAAAGGCCUUGUGGAAGUCCUCAGAUUUCUGCUUAGUCACCUGAAAGAAAAUCUUGGGAAGAAAGAAGACUGCGAAGCUGAUUUAAACCUGUUUAAAACUCUGAGAGCCUUGCAGGAUAAUUUUGACAUCUGCAUAUCUCCCAAAGAUUAUGAGAACCCAUCACUGAUGUCUCAGCUCCUCGAAGAGAAGAUUGAAACCUAUGAUGCUGUGACGUUUAAAAAACCACAAGAAAAGGAGACACAAGAAAAGGAGACAUGUUUGGAGGACGGUGGGUUAAAGAGGAAAGGGAUGACCCAACAAAGACUUUACAGACUGGGUCAGCUCCUGCAAAGAACAGAGCAUGAGAUGGGAACAGAGUUGGUGCUGAGAGCAUUGGAUACUGGAAACGUUAACAAAGCGCUCCACAUAUGCAGGGAUUUUUAUGACUAUCAUAGCAAUGAACAAACAGGAAGGUUGCUGUUCUUAGCUUGUCAAAAGCUCUGUCACAUACUGGGUUCUGACAGUCCGAUAGUUGGGCCAAAAGGAUUAAAUCUUCCAGCGGUGAUCCACGAAAUGGCAUGUCAAGCUGUGACGCUCUGCAGUCCGGAUCUUCUCUUAGAUGCAUUAGAGCUUUGUAAAUAUACCUCCUUUGCCCAUGAACUUUCUGGAAAGUGCCACAUUGAAGACACUGCAUUUAUAUUGAAGGAGAUGUCUUCUGGAGCUGAGAAAGACCUUUAUCCAGAUUGGGCAUUGGAUGAGUUUUUCACUGAAGAUGGAGCUGUGCUGGACCCUUUAACUGUACUCCCUCCUGCAUAUGAAAUUACUUCUGCCAUUGUGCCUCUGAAAGAACUGAACAUUUAUCCUCUGGACUCUACCAGUUUGACACAUAGCUCAUUUGAACAAGGAAAGAACCUGUGUGUCUUGUGUAUGCAUCCUAUCACUGUCCUGCUCAAUAACCUACAAGAAUGUAGUCAAUAUGAGCUGGCCUUGAAACUAAUCACCACCUCUUCAGGGUCCUUGUUUCAACACAUGACUGCAAGCUUGGCUGCAAAGGUACAUGACCAGGAUGCACAAGAUGCAGAGCAGAGAGCGUUUCUCUAUAAAAUGAUACAGAGCUCGACUUUAGUGACUAAAACCAUUGUUACAGCCCUGUUGCACAAGGUUUUCAAUAGUCAUCCGAUAGAUCACAGACUUGCUCUGGGUUAUUGCACACUGCUGCCAAAAGAAAUUAGAUAUGAAAUGCUCUGGGACAUCAUUAAUAAAACAUCACAAAAUUAUGGCAAAAUUCGGGCUAUUGGUAUUGUUGGCGUGGAGCUGAGCAUUCUCAAUGAUGAGACAAAGGAGCAGAACGCAUUUGAAAACUUAAUCACAGAUGCCGAAUGGGGUAUAGAGCUUGGGAAACUUGGCAUCCCAUUCCAGAGUGUAUUUAGAAUGCCGUCGGUGAGAAAGAAGGAGCUUCUGCGAACUUUGGUUAAGCAUCCAAACGUGGAUACAGAGCUCAUGAUGAAAUAUUGCAGUACUUACCAACUGGAUACUGAUGCAGCGUUGCAGCUGUGCAUUGAAACACACAUCCAGAAUAUCAGUACAGUUCAUGUUGAAGGAGAUGCUUCAGGGGACACUGGGAAAUCACAAACCCAUGGUUUAGUAUUUGCCAAAGCUUUGGAAACAAUUCCUCUUCUGAAUAGCACUUCUGACUUGGUUGUAAAGCUUAGUACAACAUUGCACAAGCUCGAUCCAUAUGACUAUGAGACUAUUGAAAGUCUUCUCAUGAUCAUAGAAAAGGCUGGUGUGCUGGCUGCAGGUGUCCCAUUGGAUUUGGCCCAAGCUCUGAUGCUCAUAAAACACCUGAAAUCUUAUAAAAGAAUUUCCAUUCCUGGAGAUCUGGAACAUCAGUAUGUUUUUGAACAGGCCAUGCAUCUAUCACCAGCUGCUAAAACCAGACUUCCCUUCCAUUUGAUCUUCUUUGGAACUUCAAAGUAUUUCUGGAAAAUUAUUGCUGCAGAGCUAAAUGAGGAAUCAUUCCCAAAACUGCUUCUGAUUUCCAAACUCAUGAAGGUCUCUCUGAAUACGCUCUACAUGUCUGCAGCUGAUUAUGUGUUCCAACAAAAGCUGAAGCCCAAGAUCUUAGAUGCAAUGAAACGUGAAUGUUUGCCAGCAGCUGACAAUGAAACUGCUAAAGCUGUGCAGACCAUUCAGACAUAUUUGCUUUCUAUAGCUAACCCAGAAUGGGCCGCAGCACUUGCCCAUAAGAUGGCUCAAGAACUUCCUGCAGGGCCCAUGAAGGUCCAGGCUUUGAAAGCCUGCAUCAGUUUAGCUGAAAAAUGGCUGACACAUACAACUGUGACGGAUGAAUCUCGGGAGAAGGCCCAAGAAUACCUGAAAAAGCUGCAGAUGCAGCACCGGAGGUCAGCUACAGAGGCAGUACUUAUAGUCCACAAACUGAAUUUGGUGGAUCACCGGAAGCUCCUAGGGAAGCCAGCCAAGCUCAUUGUUUUGCUUUAUCAGCACAACAGCAUUCCUGAAAGGAUUCAGAACCCAAUGGGCAGGGGCUACCCAGAUAUCCAUGCGGCUGCUAAAGAAAUAGCUACAAUUAAUGACUUGGAUUUGAAGAAAAUAUGGAAUGUGCUGUUAGAAAAGUGGCUGUGUCCAAAUGAGCUUCCAAUGGACAAAACUUCAGGAGCCUUUGAAAACAUCCAAGAAGAUGAAGACUUUAAGAGGAUAAUAUACCUCCUUCAGGGUCACCCAGAAGACAGUCGCUUAAGAAUCCUUUAUGAAUGGACAGUGUCAGAAGUAUCUCCUGUUGGACUAAACCAGCUGAAUUUUGCUCACAGAAGCCGAGCUCUGAAGUGCCUGCUCUACUUUGCAAACCCUCCUGCUGUUGAAUCGCUUUUCAAAAAGCCCAUCGAAGAAGUGAAGCAUUUCCUGAAGUGUUUAAUUUACCUUGCUGAGUUUGAAGUCCUGAAUAUUCCGUACACCUAUGAAUCGUUUCAUAGCACGCCCAAAGAGGGAAUGAUCAAAGGAUUGUGGAAAAACCAUAGCCAGAAACCCAUGGCAGUGAAACUGAUGACAGAACUUAGUUUAGAAUACAAAGUGCACGACUCUCUCCUUUGGAAUGGUUUGUUGCAGAAACUGAUGAAUUUCAAAAUGAUCUGUCAACUGAGGAGAGUUUUAAUGGAGAUUGCUGGGAUCUAUUCACUAUGGCAGAUUCCAAAUUUCAGCCGAGCUUGGCAAACUGUCAUUUGGACGCCGUUUCUUUCAGCUGCCUCUCCAUCAAGUCCUAGUCAGUUGGAAGCAUACUUGGAGUCUUUCAGGUUACUGUUGAUGUGUCCUGUCCCGAUUCAUCUCGAUCUCAUUGGGAUUGCAAAGCAGUAUGCCCAGUUAGAACUGCCCGCUUUGGCUUUAGGGUGUCUAUUGCUGAUUUUGCAGCCUGAGAAAAGAACUCAAGCAAUUUGGGGAUUCCUGGCCUCAUGUCAGCUUGAGACGGUUGUACAGCAGGUAGAGGAAUACAUGAGCCACGGUGAGGUAGCUGCUUUUGCUUCACAGAUUAGGCAUUUGAUUUUGAACUACAGAUCAAAAUCUGAAGACAGUCCUGAGAAGAUGCAAUCCCUAGGGAAAACUUACCUUCCACAAGAAAUUAACAUUAAGGGUGAAAACCAGACACAACAAGCAACCAGAACCCUCACUCUGUAAAAGUUGACGCUGUCAAGUCUCUGAAGUCACUUCUGAAGAUCAGUUAUCUUUGUUCCAGUACUUUAAAUCCUAUUUUUCACUAUCCCUAUAUAUCUGUCCGGAAGAAUGUAUCAUUCUGUUAUUUCAUCAAUGGCUGGCAAGUCCAGAGUUCAAUAAAUAUUUUAUUUACCUUC